UCGCUUCCGGUCACCCCUUCCUGUCUAAUUUGUACAGUGUGAGGAAGGAACCGGAAGAGCUGUAGAGAGUUGCAGAAGUUGCUACCUACUCCAGUCCUGGCCCUGACACGCGUGGAGUUGGCGAGAGGAAUAUUUCAGUAUUUCGAGCAGCAGAACAAGCCAGGGAGACACGUGUGCGUAUGAAAGGACUUUAUCAAGCUCGGAACAUCCCUUGCGACUGUGUUUCUGCUGAUAUUUCCUACACAGCGAAGGUUAAUGGCUGGUUAUUUAAUAUAAAUGUGUUGCUGCAAAGGUUGUUGCCAGAUGGAGUAGUGAGAGAGGAAACUAUGUGGAAACCAGCUUCUGCUUUCAUGCCAGUGUUACUCAAGGAUUUCCUGUAGCUACAUGCGUAUACCAUAUGAAGUGUUACUGGAAUGUACACAAAUGUUUAACCUCUCAACUUGAACUGCUUGAAUGAAUGAGAGUGGCGGCUAUAUCCGACGAUAUAUAUAAUAUAUAAUCAUUAAGUAAACCAAACUUUAGGGAUUAAAUAACAUAAUUUUACAUUAUUCUCCGUUAUCUGUUAAUAAAUGGUUAUACAUUGAAACUGUUUUGUCAGUAAUAAGAUCCUGCAGAAGUAAAAGGUUACAAAGCAAUUCUGGUUACUUUUACCACACCCCACCCGACGUAUCUCCAGAGGAUUCAUCACAGAGACUGUUCAUUUAAAGGCACGAAACAACAGUGGAUCACACCGACAUACACUAACCUUCGGUGUCAUGGCAAGCCUGUUAUUUUUCUCCUUGGGACUAAUACUCUGCUCCUCAGCAGUGCUGGCGAAAAAAGGGGAUGUGAUAGAGAUUAAAGACAGCAACUGGAAUGAUGUCUUGGAGGGGGAAUGGAUGAUCAAAUUCUACGCCCCUUGGUGUCCUGCUUGUCACAGACUGCAGCCUGAGUGGAAUGAAUUUGCAGACUGGGGAGAAGAUCUUAAUCUGAAUAUUGCCAAAGUGGAUGUUACAGCCCAGCCAGGACUGAGUGGCAGGUUUAUCAUUACAGCACUGCCGACAAUAUACCACUGCAAAGAUGGGGUUUUCAGAAAGUAUCAAGGCUCUAGGACUCACAAGGACUUUAUCAGUUUUAUCAGUGAAAGGGAAUGGGAAGCCAUCGAACCUGUAUCAUCCUGGGUUGGCCCAGAUUCUUUUCUGAUGAGUGGCAUGUCUGCAUUGUUCCGGCUAUCCAUGUGGAUCAGGCAAUGCCACAAUUAUUUUGUUGAAGACCUGUCCAUUCCAGUGUGGGGAUCUUACAUUAUAUUUGGAUUGAUGACCCUGCUUCUAGGUCUGAUUUUGGGGUUGAUUUUGGUGUUUGUGGCAGACUUCCUCUGUCCAUCCAAACGGCACAGACCACAAGGAUACCAAUAUCCUAUAAACCUGCCCACUGUACCUGCUGACAGGAAGAAAGCUGAAGAUGAGCAAAUGGAAGAAGUUGUAAAUGACUUUGAAAAUGCGAAGCUUGGAGACAAAGAAUCAAGUGAUGUCCCUCAAGACAAGCUAAGGAAACGUACAGCCAAGUCUUGAUGUUUAUACAGUUUCUUUUUUUAUGGUCAGAACAGAUCCUGCAGAUCCUUGGACCCCAUGCAGAAACAUUUCUUAGUGACAAUUUUCAAGAAUUCUGCCUGUUCUCCAAUUUAUUACAACUCCAUACAGUAAUUUAGGUAUGAUAUCCUUCACAUUGUGGUGCAUUAAUGUGAUCUUCCCCUGUUUUGCAUGACUGAAAUGACUGAUUUCAUAAAGGAAAUAGGCUUUGUAAAGAUUACUGCCACUUGUAUGUAUUUGCCAUACAGUUAUUGUAAUCACAAUACCUGUAAAACCUUGGGGCAUCAUAAUACAUCUGAGUAGUAAAAUGCUUUAAAGCAUAAAUAUGGUUUGGUUUAAAAUCAAAUUUCUUUCAUACAGUUGUCCAAAAACGUAAUUUUUCCAUCAUUAGCAUAGCAUUAAAGAACAAAACUACAACAAUAAUACAUGAAUGGGGGGGGGGGAGGGGGUUGUAAUGAAGGGAUACUGUCAUGGGAAAAGGUGUUUUUUCAAAAUGCAUCAGUUAAGCUGCUCCAGAAAUCUGCACUGAAAUCCAUUUCUCAAAAGAGCAAACAGAUUUUUUUAUAUUUAAUUUUGAAAUCUGACAUGGGGCUAGACAUAUUGUCAGUUUCCCAGCUGCCCCCAAACAUGUGCCUGGUGCGCUGAUAAACUUCAGUCACUCUUUACUGCUGUACUGCAAGAUGGAGCGAUAUCACCCCCUUCCUUUCCCCCCUCAGCAGCCAAACAACAGAACAAUGGGAAGGUAACCAGAUAACAGCUCCCUAACACAAGAUAACAGCUGCCUGGCAGAUCUAAGAACAACACUCAAUAGUAAAAACCCAUGUCUCACUGCGACACAAUCGGUUACAUUGCGUUGGAGAAACAAUAGCCUGCCAGAAAGCAGUUCCAUCCUAAAGUGCUGGCUCUUUCUGAAAGCACAUGACCAGGCAAGAUGACCUGAGAUGCACCUACACACUGAUAUUACAACUAAAAUAAAACACUUGCUGGUUCAGGAAUAACAUUUUAUAGUGUAGACUGAAUUAUUUGCAGUGUAAACAGUGUAAUUUAGAAAUAAAAAAGACAUCAUAAAAUCAUCCCUUUAAAACAACUAUACCAUAUACAGCAGAUCUAUGCAACUCAAGCAUGCCCUACUGCACAAAUGUCCAGUAUCCAGGUGAAACCAGGAAUAUACUGUAUGUGGAUCAGCACUUAGUCAUAUGGGAUCCCAUGUCCCAAGCUUCAAACCUUCUCCAGAGUGUAGGUUAAGAGAUUUUUAAGAGAGGGGAUUAACUUGCUUAUUACUGUUUUCUUUGGGAACAGCAAAGCUGCAUCAUGACUGCCUGCAAACUGUGGAAAUGUGAAUAUAAUUAGAUUUUGAUGUCUGUUACCAGCCUUAGUAUUAUAUGAGAACAAGGAAAUGCAUUUGUGCUGAUUAUUUUCAGUACCCUUAUGUUUUGGGGUCAGUUGAUGGAGGCCCUCUAGACCAUUAUCUGUGGGUCAUAGCGCAAUCAUUGCACAGAUGUUCCUUUACUUAUUAUUGAUAGAACUGUUGACCCAGUAACAACGCAAGUCAAUCAAUAUUUCUUUUUGUUUUUGGGGUGUAACGCUUCUGAAGAGCCAUGGUGCAUAUGGGAUUCAGUGUUGAAUAUGCAGUGUAUAGUGAAACCAUAUGACCGCUUUCAUUUAGAUUCUGGUUUUUGGGAGAAUUUGCUUUAAGGUCAGGGAACACUUUUUGCAAAGCUAAACUGCACAGUCUAUGUAAACCAGUUUGUUUGGAAAUAGAUUUUUGUAUUUUUGUAACAUGCUGCAAUGAAUAAACUGUUUUGCUUUA